GGCCAGUGAGGCGGUCCUCAUAGCCUGGGGGUGGGACACAGGCCACUGCACUGCGAAUGCAUGGUGGAAAGGGAAGUCAUCUGCACAGGAAAUGGGCGAGCGCGCAUGAGCAAAACCGCAAGAAAAACGUAACAGCGCCUGCUCAUCUAGCCCGGCGCAUGACAACACACAGAUCUGGGGACAUUGUUGGUUCCUGAUCGGAUUAACUGACUUGGAGUCAACUGAGGGUCUUCUGGUGAUCAGGACACGGUCCAGGGGACCUGGAGUGACCUGAGGGUCUUCUGGUGAUCAGUACACGCUCCAGGGGACCUGGAGUGACCUGAGGGUCGGCUGGUGAUCAGGACCCGGUCUAGGGGACCUGGAGUGACCUGAGGGUCUUCUGGUGAUUAGGACCCGGUCUAGGGGACAUGGAGUGACCGCCGAGGGACAGAGAUGUCACGACGGGACCAGAGAUACCGUAGAGGAGGGACAGGAACGUGCUCUCAGUGUGGCUGUGUUCUUCUUCACUGGUUCUAUGAGAGAGAGCAGCAGCUCUUCUGUAAGAAGCACUACUGGGCCCGUUUUGGGGAGCAGUGCCACGGCUGCAAAGAGACCUUCACCACAGGCCUCGUCAUGGUGGCCGGGGAGCAGAGGUUCCACCCAGAGUGCUUUACGUGUAGAAGCUGUGGAGCGCUCAUUGGAGAUGGAGACUCAUUCACGCUAGUGGAACACUCCCAACUCUACUGCGGCAGGUGUUUCACGCGGGGGGUGGUGUCCUCCGGGACAAGCUCCCCCUCGGCGCCGACCAGGCCCCCCCACAUGGUGGCGCUGGUGUCCCUUCCCCCGCACCCCGAGGGCAGGAGGGGACUGACCCUGGCCCCCACGCUCAGCCAGGACCAGGGGCCUCUCUUCACCGUAGCAGAACUGGACCCAUCCCUGCUCAGCCCUGACCUCCUGGCCUCCGUGCACGUUGGGGACCAUGUCUUAGAGCUCAACGGGGUUCCAGUAUGCAGCCUUUCCCUGGAUGAGAUGAAGUGUGUGGUCAGUGACCCCACCCGGCCUCUCCAGCUCACCGUAGAGAACUGCCCAGGGGAGCCCCAACCAGGGGAGCACCACCUAGGGGAGCCCCCGGUCCCCGCAGGCUGCCAGGGGCCCGCCCAGGCCUGCUCCUGCGACCAGCUCAACAGGGUUCGCCUACUAUCCAGUCUGGAGGAGGAGUCAAGUUUGGGGGAGGAGCUACACCAACAAAGUCUUGAGGAGGAGGGGACUUGUCUGGGGACGGAACUAGACCCUAACCCAAUCAGCACAAGGCUGUCCCCACCUCAACCCCAUGGGAUGCGUUCAAGACACAUUCUACGGAGCAGUAGUAUCGACAAGUGUCCCUCCUCCAGUGGCUCAUACCUGUUGUUCCAGAGGAGGGAGAUGCUUCGUUCCGAGUCCCUCCGCGCGGACCCUGUGGACCGAACUCACCGCAUCUUCAGGCCCUCAGACCUCCUACACGGAGAGGUGCUCGGCAAAGGCUGCUUUGGCCAAGCUGUCAAGGUGACGCACCGGGAGACUGGGGAGGUCAUGGUGAUGAAGGAACUGAUUCGGUUUGACGAAGACACGCAGAAGACCUUUUUAAAAGAGGUGAAGGUGAUGCGCUGUCUGGAUCACCCCAACGUCCUCAGGUUCAUCGGACUGUUCUACAAAGACAAACGACUUAACUUCGUCUCGGAAUACAUCCAGGGGGGGACACUCAGGGAGACCAUUGAGAAAAUGGAUGACCACUUUCCAUGGAGUGCCAGAGUGAGUUUUGCUAAAGAUAUAGCUGCUGGAAUGGCGUAUCUGCAUUCUAUGAAUGUAAUCCAUCGAGACUUGAACUCUCACAACUGCCUAGUCAGAGAGAACCAGAGAUUGGUGGUGGCGGACUUUGGGCUGGCCAGACUGGUGGUGGGAGACAGGAGUCAGGGCAGAGAGCCCCCUGCUGGCAGCGGCCCCGGGGAGGGACUGACGGCGCUCCGCAGGCCUGACCGCAGGAAGCGCUACACUGUGGUGGGAAACCCCUACUGGAUGGCCCCUGAGAUGAUCCGUGGGAAGAGUUACGAUGAACGAGUCGACAUUUUCUCCUUUGGCAUCAUUGUGUGUGAGAUCAUAGGAAGGGUGAGCGCCGACCCAGACUUCCUGCCCAGGAACCGGGACUUUGGUCUGAAUGUGCUUGGCUUCCUGGAGCAGUACCACCCCUCAGACUGCCCCCCCGCCUACCUCCCCCUGGCUGCCCUCUGCUGUGACCUGGAGGCCGACACCCGUCCUUCGUUUCCCAGGUUAGAAGAGUGGCUGGACAACCUCCUGAUGCACCUUGACAUCCGCCUGCCCCUGCUGUCUGAGCUGGAGCAGCACCAGAGAGCCUUCUGGGACCGCCACACGCCCCCCCAGUGCUCCCCGGACCCCCCGCCCGCGCCAGGCCCCCAGGGGACAGGCAGGGCCCUAGACCCCCCGCCACCCAGGGCCCCAGACCCCCAGGGGACAGGCGGGGCCCCAGACCCCCGGGGGACAGGCAGGGCCCCAGACCCCCGGGGUUCGGGCGACCCAGACAGCCACAGUCCCGACCCCGGCCCCCCAUCACAGACCCCGGCCGGACAAGGACCAGUCCCCCUGGGGGAGGCGAGAGCGGACCCUGGAGACUCUGAAGGAGUUAUGAAGGGCCUUGCGGCGGACCCCCUGCGUGCGCCGAGUCCUCAACACAAGCCUCCAGAGGGAGAUUCAAACUUGGACGAGUGGAGCACAUGUGAGAGGAAACCCCAUUCAGAGGGUCCUGAGGCCGGGGCCCCGUCCCAGAGUCCACCGCUGGCCCCCAGCCCGGCAGGGGGCCCGAACCGCAGGAGCAGGAGGAGGUGCAGGGUGCUAUGGGACAUAACCACGGAGAGCAGCUCCUUUCUGUGAGGUUGGGGCGGAGCUCACUGGACCCUCAAUGUGAAAUGAAAGACCUAUAUUUAUUUUGUCUCAUGGAUAGAGAAUGAAUGAAUGGAUUUAAUAAGCUUGGAUUGGAAAUCUCAAUGGAUGUGAAUUUUGCUCCCUCCUGUUACUGCUAUUUUGGAACCAGAAGGUAGACUUCAUAUUCAAACCAAAGCCAGUUCGGAUGGGUUCUAAAUGCAGAGAAUACAAGAAGUAAAUAAAACAUUUGAAAUACGUAAGAUAAUGUGCAUUUUGUACCAGUAGGCCUAUUAAGUAAAGCUAUUUGCAAAACAUUUUAAAUGUUUUAUGAUCUUAAUUAUUAGAGGCUUCAAGCAAUCAUUUGGUCAGAAUAAAGAUUUAUUGAUAUUCAAGAACCCAAUAACCAACCGCGUCGCUAUGACAGAGGGCAGCUGCGGUCCUGGAUAUCCGUUAUACCCGAGGUCGUUUCCCGUUGAAGUUGUUAGCUAAAUGAUUUGAUUUAAAAGAUAACGACUUUUUUGGUAGAUGAUUUCAUUUAAAAGAACACAGAUUGUUUGGUAGAUGCAGCAGUCGGUCGGGUUAGCUAUCAUGAAGAAGUCGAAAUAUAGGCUUAUCGAUGGACAAGCUGUGGCUACGCAGACUGACGAGGUGCAAGGUUAGCCUGU